UAUUUUAGAAACUAAGAAAUCCAAUUGUUAUUAUUAAACUAAAUAUUCAUUUGUAAGUGUUUAACAAAUCUUAUUAAUAGUGAUGGUAAUUAACUACCAGAAAAACAAUAUCUUAAUAUUUAACUUUGUUCGAUAUCAUUAAGCAUCGGCGCUAACUUAUCUCACUUCCCUUGGGAGCGCAUAUAAUAAAAUUGUAUAACAGUUGGACUGUCGACUGUGCUGUUCUGUGUGGCGUCUUUUUUGUUAUAUUUAUAUAGUUCGUGCACCUUCAAUUCAAAAUUCCUAUACGGUGUUGUUGUGUGUGUAAUUGCUGUGUUACUAACACCUACGAGUAUUAAAACCACUGAAAACCGUGUAAUGGUAGUGUGAAGCACCUAAUUAUAACAAUGGCAGAUAGAGAUACAGAAAUGGACCUGGAUGAAACAUUACAAAUCAUCGGUAUUGGAGAAUUUACAGCCCUCUUUCAAGAUUAUAAACAUUAUGUCAUGCUAUCCUUGAUGGGUUCGCUGCUUCCAUAUAAAUCCAGGCAUGUAUUUGGUAGUAAGCAGUGGAAACCAAAAAUAGCAGACUGUAAGGAGGGAAUUGUUUUAAAAGUAGAGCUGGCAGGAGAUGUGGAGACAGCAGUUGCCACGAAAAUUGAGAAGUUGCAAUCUGUGGAGGUUCCAUUUUUUAAUUCAUUACACAAGUAUCAUAGAACGUGUUGGACCUCUUUCUGCUUUAUCAUCAAUUAGAUAUGAAGCAUUCCACAAAAUAGGAAAAACAAAUUGUCACAUUGUUGCCUCAAGAAUAAACAUACUGAAGACGUUAUCAAUAAGGUACCAGCUUCGCCUUUGUUACCGACUUCAAUUUAAAGUAGGGCUACAUAAUAAUUUCCAGUUUGGAAAAACUAUACCCUUAGGAGAGAAUCAUAAUUAUUUUUUAAAGAAGUGUGAUGAGGAGCCUUUCUUUGAGGUUGAGUGGUUUAAAUUGAAUGGAACUAAAUUUAGAGUUGGUUGUGCCAUAAUAGUUCCUGACCAUGAAGAAAAUGAACUUCCAACAUUCGGUAUUGUUAAAUCAAUUAUUUGUACUCAAAAGGAAAAGGUGUUCUUUUUCUGUCUAGUUAUAAGUGAUGUACUGUUGCACACAGAUAGCUGUGCUUAUAUAUUAAAUACCUACUGUUUCCCACAAAUUCAAAUACUAUGAUAUAACUCAUAUUAAAAAGUUGCGUUCAUUUCAAAUACAUUUAGUCCCUGGUGGAAAGACUGUCGUAAAUAUGUUUAAAAUAUAGCUUUAGAUUCUAACAUAACAUCGAACUGUAUUUGUACUAUGGCCUGUGUGUUGCAUAUGUAGUAAAUUAAUGCAUAGAUUUUCAUUUGCGUUUGGCUUAGUUAUACAUUUUACUAGUACAGAACAAUGUCCAUUGCCAAAUCGUUGUGAGUUACUAUGCGUGAAAAAGUUUAGCCCCCCAUUCAGCAUUGUUGUUUGGGUACAUUUAACUAAUUUUGGAAGGGGGGCCAAACUUUUCGCCCGUAACUUCCGGCUUUAUGACGUCAUCAAGUUGGAAGCUUCCGUUACACGGGAAUAUUGCCGUAUCUCCAUAACUACUGGUCCGAUUCUUGUCAUCUUAGGCUCUUUAGAAAGAUAAUAAAAAACGGAACAUAUUAUAUUAGAACACUUAUU